AAUAAGAAAUGUGAGGAGGCACGGCAGGAGAAGGAGACAAUGGUGAUGAAGUACGUUCGAGGUGAAAAGGAAGCUCUGGACCUGCGGAGGGAGAAGGAGCAGCUGGAGAAGAAGCUACGGGAGGCCACAGCAGAAGUAGACAAACAAGCUCGGCGGGGAAACACACUGGCCCAAGAGAAAGGACGCCUACAGCAGCUCUAUGACGCAAAGGAGAAUGAAGUGACAAGACUAUCCCGUGAACUGGAGAAAGUGAAGGAAGAAAUUAAUUCUCAUGUCAUCAAAGUAAAGUGGGCACAGAACAAGCUGAAGAGCGAAACAGAUGCUCACAAGGUAAACCAGAGAACGCUGAAUAAAAAGCUGUUCGCACCAAGCAUGAAUUAUAACUGUAACUAA